CUCUAGGUCUUUGCAUUCUAGAACGAGUGAUCCACCUUAAUUAUGUGACAACGAUGAAUGAUAUUCGCUCAAAGGAUCCCCUACGACUGCAGAGGCAUGCCACCGGUAGCGCAGAGAGAAUCUGCCCAACAGAGUCCUAUUCUAUUAAAUGUCAAUGUUCUAAAGGAUAUAUACACCUCGACCCCAAUAAUAACUUCGGACCCACUUUAAUCAUUGCACCAAAGCAACUACUCAAGACGGUACGUAUGUUAUCAAGAGCUUUAUAUUGAACAUAGUGAAUGAGUGUUUGGUUUAGUAGAAAAAGAGACAUAACCCUAUUGCUGACGAUGCAUGUCUAGUGGCGGGAUGAAUUCGAGAAACUCAUCGACUCCUCCAAAAAUCCCUUGAAUAUGAAAAUGAUAGUUGCGCACCCGACAGAAGGUCGCACCUAUACCAAGAAGGCUUUGGAAGACCUCCUUCAAGAGGCGGAAAUUUAUGGGGAAAAUACAUCGAAUUUGAUUAUUGCCACGACAUCAGGAUCAUUCAAGAAGCAAGUUGGUGAUGUUGUGGGGAGGAAAAUUAAGUGGCGCCGUGUUAUCCGCGACGAACUGCACCUAGAGAAAACGCCGGCAACUAAGAACAUCAAACUCAUGCUUAGUGAGACAGCGAAAAGACGACGAGGUCCUACAUCAAUGUGGGCAUUAUCUGGAACUCCCUUUGAAAGAAGUCCAAAAGAUCUAGCUGGUUACAUUUCAGUGCUGCGAACCGGCGCCGAAAAUGCUUGGGAAAUUGAUGGCAGGGAUGAGCUAAAAUUCGGACUCGCAGCCCCCUUUCAGGAAAUUGACACGAAGUACAAUAAGCUAAUAAAAGAUGCUCAAAAGGGCAAAACCCUUCGGAAAGUAGAUAUAGAAGGCGUCUUAGGGAAGUUCGGGAAAAUUCUUCAUGCUCUGAUGAUACGACGUACAAUGUCAUCGUCGUGGUUUGGAAAAGUCUUGCUGGAUGUACCCGAGAGCGAGCAUCAGGACCUGUCAUUUACGGUAAGUUCCGCGUACAAGAAUGACUUGGACUGGCUUCGUGAGUGUGCGCAGCACAAUUUGCAAAGAGCUGCUGCUGCUCGGCAAACGAAAGCUUCAACGAAGUUUUCACAGCCGAAAGCACAGUCGCGAGCAUCGGGCACAGAGUACCAGAAAUACGGCAGAAGAUUACGGUUGGCUGCUACAAUUCCAGCUAUCCCAGGACUGCUGAGGAAAAAGGAAAUACUUGAUGACAUGUUUCUUCAGGAAACAAUCUUGAAACAGGGAUGGUAUGACAAUGGCCCAAAUUACAAUGCAUCGCCAUACAAGAAAUACUUGACACAAUUUGUUCAGAGCAGCGAGAAGUUCACACUGAUCAACCAACAUGUUCUACAAGUGCUGCGUACGCCGAAAGAUCCAGAAAACCCUGAGAAAAUCAUCAUCAUGAGCAGCUUUCCUGCAAUGGCCUUUAUUACAGCAUUAUGGCUUAAAAAAGGGAAACAUUCUGUGCUUUUCAUUCACUCCGCCCUCAAGAAUCGGGCGACCCUUGUCAACGAUUUUCAAGGCGUAAUGCGGGAAGACACUGAUGAGGCCAAGAGGCCAAAGACUACCACCAAAGGCACGAAAGCUGAGUCAGAGAGGGACGCGGCAAGGAAAGCAUCAAUUCUUGUCUCAACAAUACAGCUUAUUGGUACUGGAUUCACUAUAACAAGAGCAACGCAUGUGGUGAUGCUAGAACCGGCCUGGAUGUUAAGAGAUGAGAAACAAGGUUACGCUAGAAUCAGAAGAUUCAGUCAGAAGAACCCCACGUUUACGUGGAAGCUGAUCAACAACGACAGUUUUGUAGAGCCUCAGAUUAUGCAGAGACAUGCUGCUCGAGGACGUUUCGUUGAGCUCUCGUUCGGGGACAAUACGGACCAACAGGACUUUGGGCGGAAUGCCCCGCAAGACUUCGACAUCGUAGAUGAAGACAAGGGCGUGGCUGGCUCGAAGAAGCCCGCUGCACGCUAUACUGAUAAACAGCACGAAGAUUCUGAUGAAGAAGUAGACGGAUACUCGAGUGGUGAAGAGUUUGAGUUUUGAGGAAGAGGUUAUUUGAGAUAGUGUAACAGUCAUGUCGUUUUCCGCUCGGGUAACUUAGAAUUCCAUACGUUUCUCGAGAAGAUACUCUUUGGAAAACGUUUCCUAGGCCCGGCGAAUCCACUCUAAGAUGACCUGUUUAUCUCUUGAAAUUUAUGAUCCUUGUUAUUGUAGUCUUACAGCGCAAUUAAAUCGUACGUUC